AUAAAAUUUGAGUCCGUUAGGCCACUGCACUCCAGCUCCGCUGCAUUCUCAAAACGACAACAGAUCAUCCCAUUCAAAAGCCAAAACAGUCCUUCUCCUCCUCUUCUUUGUCUUCACAGAAACGAAAAAGAACGGGAAAAAGAACGGGAAAAAGAAAAAAACCAAACAGCAAACAGAAUUAAAAGCCAAUGCAAAAUAAGAAUGGGCAACAAGAUCGCGCGAACAACGCAAGUAUCGGCAACGGAAUACUAUCUCCAUGAUUUACCUUCGUCGUACAAUUUAGUCCUGAAGGAAGUUCUAGGGCGUGGCCGUUUCUUUAAGUCAAUUCUAUGCAAGCACGACGAAGGUUUAGUCAUUGUUAAAGUCUAUUUCAAGCGUGGAGAUCCUAUUAAUCUCAGAGAGUACGAGCGCCGUCUCGAACUCAUCAAAGAUACCUUCCUUGCCCUUGACCAUCCUCACGUCUGGCCAUUCCAGUUUUGGCAAGAAACAGAUAAAGCAGCUUAUCUAUUGAGACAAUUUUUUUUCAAUAAUCUUCACGAUCGAUUGAGUACUAGACCUUUCCUUAGUCCAGUGGAGAAAAAGUGGUUGGCUUUUCAGUUACUUCUUGCUGUGAAACAGUGCCAUGAGAAGGGUAUUUGUCAUGGUGAUAUUAAGUGCGAGAAUGUGCUUGUCACUUCUUGGAACUGGCUUUAUCUUGCUGACUUCGCAUCAUUUAAACCAACUUACAUCCCCUAUGACGACCCUUCGGAUUUCUCAUUCUUCUUUGACACUGGAGGAAGAAGGCUCUGCUAUCUUGCACCCGAGAGAUUUUAUGAGCAUGGAGGUGAGAUGCAAGUUUCUCAAGAUGCACCAUUAAAGCCUUCCAUGGACAUCUUUGCUGUAGGGUGUGUAAUUGCGGAGCUUUUCCUUGAGGGUCAGCAACUGUUUGAACUCUCCCAGCUUCUUGCUUAUCGUAGAGGGCAGUACGAUCCUAGCCAGAAUCUUGAAAAGAUACCAGAUUCUGGAAUCCGAAAGAUGAUUCUUCAUAUGAUCCAAUUGGAACCAGAGGCACGACUUUCUGCUGAAGGCUACCUGCUAAAUUAUGCAUCUGUUGUGUUUCCGACAUACUUCUCGCCUUUUCUGCAUAAUUUCUACUGCUGCUGGAAUCCACUUCAUUCUGAUAUGAGGGUUGCGAUGUGCCGGAGCGUUUUCCAUGAAAUACUUAAACAAAUGAUGAGCAAUAAGACUGAUGAGGAGACAGUUACUGGACUCUGCUCGUCUGCAAAUUGCAUGGGUGCUAAACCGGUAGAAGACAUUGUUGAAAAACAAAACUUGGAUUUGACAAAGGACUCAACGAAGAGAGAAAAGACAGAGAAGGGUUUAGUUCGUGAUCAAUAUAAACUUCUUGGUGAUAUCAAUACCCUGCUGGGGGAUGUAAAACAAAGCACUGACUAUAUGAAGUUGACUCCUGAGAGUGCAACCAAUUCUGCAUUUUCCCAGGACAUCGAGCAAUGUGCCAUGCAAUCACCUGGCAAGCUUCUCCAGGCUAUCUCCAAUGCAUUUCAGAAAAAUGACCAUCCUUUCUUGAAAAAGAUUACCAUGGAUGAUUUGACUUUAUUGAUGUCUGAGUAUGAUAGUCAAUCAGAUACCUUUGGCAUUCCCUUUUUACCAACACCUGAAGAUAAUAUGAAAUGUGAAGGUAUGGUUCUGAUUGCCUCGCUACUCUGUUCCUGCAUACGCAAUGUCAAGUUACCUCAUUUGAGAAGGGGGGCUAUCCUUUUGCUGAAGUCUUCUUCCCUAUAUAUUGAUGAUGAAGACCGCUUGCAGCGAGUACUACCAUAUGUUAUUGCAAUGCUUUCAGAUCCAGCAGCAAUAGUUCGUUCGGCUGCCUUGGAGUCUUUAUGUGACAUUUUACCUUUUGUUCGAGAUUUUCCUCCUAGUGAUGCUAAGAUUUUCCCUGAAUAUAUUCUUCCAAUGCUUUCCAUGCUUCCUGAUGAUCCAGAGGAAAGUGUGAGAAUAUGUUAUGCUAGCAAUAUAGCUAAGCUGGCACUAACUGCUUAUGGUUUCUUGAUUCACUCAAUAAGCUUGAGUGAGGCUGGUGUUCUUGAUGAAAUGAAUUUAGCACGGAAGUCAUUGGCAUCAUCCAGUGAGACAUCUAGACAGCUGCAAAAGGUAAAAAAUGAUUCACAGCUUGCACAGUUGAGGAAAUCCAUUGCUGAGGUCGUUCAAGAACUUGUGAUGGGCCCAAAACAAACUCCAAAUAUCAGGAGAGCGCUCCUUCAGGACAUUGGUAAACUAUGCUACUUCUUUGGACAGAGACAGAGUAAUGACUUUCUGUUACCCAUCCUUCCUGCAUUUCUCAAUGAUCGAGAUGAGCAGCUAAGAGCAUUGUUCUUCGGACAGAUUAUAUAUGUCUGCUUCUUUGUGGGCCAGAGAAGUGUGGAGGAGUAUCUUCUUCCUUACAUUGAGCAGGCUUUAAGUGAUCAAACAGAGGCUGUUGUUGUUAAUGCAUUGGACUGUUUGGCGGUCCUCUGUAAACGUGGCUUUUUACGGAAGAGAAUAUUACUUGAAAUGAUAGAACAUGCCUUUCCACUUUUAUGUUAUCCAAGUCAAUGGGUUAGAAGGUCAGCUGUUGCUUUCAUAGCAGCUAGCAGUGAGAGCUUAGGUGCAGUGGAUUCCUAUGUUUUUCUUGCACCAGUUAUACGCCCUUUCCUUCGGAGACAACCAGCCUCCUUAGCUUCCGAGAAGUCUCUACUUUUAUGUUUGAAGUCUCCUUUCUCAAAACAGGUAUUUUCCGAAGUUUUAGAAAAGGCUAGAAGUUCUGACAUGUUGGAGAGACAGAGAAAGAUAUGGUACAAUUCUUCAGCACAGUCUAAACAUUGGGAAACUGCUGAUGUAUUACAAAGAGAGGAUGGGGAACUACAUUCAAUAAAGAGUUGGUCUGACAAGAAAUUAAGUCCUGAGAAUCAGAGACUUGAUUCAUUUAAGCGGCCAGAGGAUGGCGAGGCAAAGUUGAGAGCUAUGGGCUUUAUGAGCAAUGUUUCUAGCAUGGCUGACGUCCAUGAUCCCUUAUGUUCAGAAAAGUUGCAAUUCUCAGGCUACAUGUCUCCACAGAUUGGUGGCGUGAAUAGCUUCAUACAUGAUAAGUCCUCAGAGGGAAUACCUUUGUAUUCUUUUAGCAUGGACAGGCGUGCAGCGAAAAUUUCUCCUGCAGCUUCUGAUUCUUCAUUGCGAAUGAACUCCCUUGGAAUUGGUUCAUCAUACAUGCCAUGGAUGGAAUCGGUAAACAAAUCUUUUAGCUUAGCUAGUUCUGUUCCUGCACCUAAGUUUGUUUCAGGCUCAUUCAGCAUCAAUAAUGGUUCAAAACAGUUCUACCGAGUGGUACAUGAACCAGAAAGCAGGGAAAAUGAUCAAACUGCUUAUGUUAGUAAUAAAUUUCAAGAGAUGGGAAUAUCUGGUGGUACAAAGGGGGGUUCUCUUACAGUGGAAGAUGCUUCUGCUUCCACUGACCUAACGGGAUUGCCAUCCUUUGCGCGGACCAUAUCUGUUCCUGACUCAGGUUGGAGACCUCGUGGUGUAUUAGUAGCACAUCUGCAGGAGCAUCGUUCUGCUGUGAAUGACAUUGCAAUUUCCAAUGAUCAUAGCCUUUUUGUUAGUGCAUCCGAUGAUUCAACUGUCAAGGUGUGGGAUUCAAGAAAGUUGGAAAAGGAUAUCUCCUUUAGAUCAAGGCUGACUUAUCACCUGGAAGGAAGCCGAGCACUUUGCAGUGUAAUGCUUCGUAAUUUUUCUCAGGUUGUUGUUGGGGGAUGUGAUGGCAUGAUGCAUGUAUUUUCUGUUGAUCACAUAUCCAGGGGCCUUGGCAAUGUCGUUGAGAAGUAUUCAGGUAUUGCUGAUAUAAAAAAGAAGGAUGUCAAAGAAGGUGCAAUACUAAGCCUUUUGAAUUACACUGCCGAUAAUAGUGCAAGUCAGAUUGUUAUGUAUAGUACUCAAAAUUGUGGAAUCCAUCUCUGGGAUAUUAGAGCAAAUGUGAAUGCCUGGACAUUAAAAGCUGUUCCUGAGGAAGGCUAUGUCUCUUCACUUGUAACUGGCCCUUGUGGGAAUUGGUUUGUCUCAGGGUCUUCUAGGGGUGUACUUACUCUUUGGGAUCUAAGGUUCCUUAUACCCGUGAACUCAUGGCAGUAUUCUCUUGUUUGCCCCAUAGAGAAGAUGUGCCUUUUUGUCCCUCCUUCAAAUGUUGCAGUAUCUAGUGCUGCCAGACCCCUGAUAUAUGUUGCUGCAGGAUGCAAUGAAGUUUCUCUGUGGAAUGCUGAGAAUGGGAGCUGUCACCAGGUUUUGAGGCUUGCAAAUUAUGAUAAUGAUGCUGAAAUGUCUGAUAUGCCAUGGGCCUUGGCUAGACCAUCUGGUAAGGUAAACUUUAAACCUGAUACAAGGCGGAAGGUCAACCCGAAAUAUAGAGUUGAUGAGUUGAAUGAUCCUCCUCCCCGGCUCCUUGGUAUCCGUUCAAUGCUUCCCUUACCUGGAGGUGACUUGUUGACUGGAGGCACUGACUUGAAGAUACGUCGAUGGGACCAUUUCAGCCCGAAACAAAGUUACUGUAUUUGUGGGCCAAAUUUGAAUGGAGUUGGAAGUGAUGAUUCAUAUGAAAUAAGAUCAAGUUAUGGAGUGCAAAUUGUGCAGGAGACAAAAGGACGACAUUUAAAUAACACAAUGACUGCAAAGGCUGUGAUUGCAGCUGCUGCUACUGAUUCUGCUGGCUGCCACCGAGAUUCCAUCCUCUCUUUGGCUUCUGUAAAGUUGAACCAGAGACUUUUAAUUUCAAGCAGUAGAGAUGGGGCUAUCAAGGUUUGGAAGUAAAUAACUUAAGUAUAUAAGUGAUAAAUUGUAAAUAUAUUGUCAAUGCUAGUUAUGUUGUAUAUAUUACAUUAAGACUAGGAAGUGCAAUUAUCAUUUUGAUGCUGAAUAAUGUUUACUCUCUAACACCCCUCCCUUCGGAAAGAGGAAGCCUCUGGGCUUUUGUACAGUGAUAAAGUUAUAUACAUCACAAUUUAUUCACUGAAUGAAAAAAAAAGUUCAUGAUA